CCGGUCCCGCAAAGGGAGGUGGCCCAGGCGGGGCUAUAAAUUCCAUGGCCUGACAACGCCUCGCUUUUUGCCCUUCCUGUCGUGUCCCGUUCCUUUCGAGCUGUUGGAUUCCUGGUGUUCCCCAUGGCAUCCCCACUGGAGCAGUCCCUGGCAGUCAUGGUCUCCACCUUCCACAAGUACUCAGGGAAGGAAGGAGACAAAUACAAGCUGAGCAAGACAGAGCUCAAGGAGAUGCUCAUGAAGGAGCUGCCCAGCUUCAGUAGGCAAACCAGUGAGGCCAGCUUACAGCAGCUCAUGAGCAACCUGGACAGCAACAGUGACAGCGAGGUGGAUUUCCAAGAGUAUGUGACCUUCCUGGCCUGCAUGGCCAUGAUGUGCAAUGACUUCUUCCAGGACUACCCCGACAAGAUGCCCCACAAGAAAUGAGUGUGGGGCAUCCCUGCAGCCCCGUCCCC